AUGGAGGAUAAUACCACAGAGCCGCACCUCGAUAUCCCGAGACACAUCAAAUACUGGCAGCGCUGCCUCCGCUCCUUUCUCCCCACCGAAUACACCAGUACUGACUCCUCGCGCAUGACCCUUGGUUUCUUCAUCCUCUCUGCCCUAGACCUGCUCGGCGCCGGCGCCGACACUGAAGCAUUCCCCCCUCAACAACGCGCCGAAAUCCGAAACUGGAUUUUAAAGUGUCAACACCCCCACGGUGGAUUCUGCGGCUCCCCCAAUCACCGGUACCCCGAUGAGUUCUAUGUUGAUGGGAAAGGGGAGGGAGGUAAGGAGCAGAUGGACCCAGCGAACUUGCCGGCGACAUUUUUUGCUCUGUUAAGCUUGAGUUUUGUGGGUGGUUUGGAAGGGUUCAGGAGGAAGCAAUGCUUAGCUUGGUUGAAGUCGUUGCAAAGGCCUGAUGGCAGUUUUGGCGAGUUGGUUACGAAUGAGGGGAAUAUUAAAGGGGGUUAUGAUAUGAGGCAUUGCUAUGUUUUGGCGGCGGUGAGGUGGAUAUUGAGGGAUGAUGUUGAGAUGGGCGAAGACGAUAUCAACGUCGAGGCUUUAGUGGGCCAUAUAAGGUCUGGACAGACUUAUGAUGGAGGUAUCUCCGAGAGUUCUUCACAUGAGGCCCAUGCUGGAUAUACGUACUGUGCUAUAGCCUCCCUAUCAUUUCUAAACCGGCUCCCAACCUCCGCAUCCUCCCCUCUCGAUCCAACCGCUGGUAGUGGGUUAUUGCCUGGCUUGACAAAUCUUCCUGCGACGAUACAUUGGCUUGUCUCACGGCAAGUAGGUUAUAAAGAAGAGGAUGAUGAGGAAGAGGAGCUACCUCUCAAGGAUCAAAGAGAUGCGUUGGCGGGCAACUAUAACGACCCACCGUCGGAUCCCGGCCUUUUGCCUCAAGACGAAGAAUUUGUGGGUUUUAAUGGCCGAUGUAACAAGAAUGUUGAUACUUGCUAUGCGUUUUGGGUCACAGCAUCACUCAAUAUGCUCGGUGAAGAUAAAGCCCAUCUCGUGAACGCCCCAGCAAUUCGCCGCUUUCUCUUCGAGCAGACACAGCACCGGAUAGGGGGAUUUGGUAAAUAUCCCGGAAAUCCACCAGACAUAUAUCACUCAUACCUCGGCCUUGCAGCUCUCGCAGUGAUGAAGGAACCAGGGAUCAAACCUUUAGAUUCCGCGUUGUGCGUGAGCAAACAGCAACGCGAAAAAAUUUCGCAGCUGAGAGAUGCUGCUUCUGUACCGAAGCACACGUAUUGGAAAGAUGGGUACUGUUAUUCGAUCGGGGAGGACAAUCCGUCUUUCGAAGAGAAGAUGGCUUCAACCGAAGCCCCUCCUAUAUUCUUGACGGAGGCAAUGGAAAUCAUCUCCAAGGGUGCUACAGGGUUCCCUCUUAUGAUGACCUUUGGGGGAUAUAAGGAACAUCGGAAUAGUCACAGUCUAGUAUACCCUAGAAUCAAUGGGCCGGCGGACGGAACAGUGGCCAUCAAAGUCUAUGAGACACUUCUAGCUAAACCCUUCUCUGGAAACGAUAUCGGUUCAACCAAAUGGGAUAAUCAUAGGAUCCUGAAAGACUCGAAUCAAGUGAGUUAUUCACUUGAUUGGAACGAGCCAACUAUUCCUAUUGAGAUAUGUGCCCAAAAUUCUUCACAAUCUGACAUUAUGUACAUCCCGUCCGACCAUGCACGGAAUCCUGUAUACUUCCCAGACACUGUGAAACGGAUCGAACAUAAACAUGGCCAAUGCAUCUGGCUCAAGGCCGGUAUGAACACGCCGAUUAUAUCAAUGACAAAGAGGAAAAUUUGGAAGAUGGAGUGGACUAGCUAG